GAGAGAGAGAGAGAGAGAGAGAGAGAGAGAGAGAGAGAGAUGUCUUCAGUCUGAUGCGGACCUUCAGAUCGGAGAGAUUAGCUCCACAAAUGAAAGAGAAGAGAGACACUGACCCAGAUGACGAGCUAGGCCAUGGAGUGCUCCAACCGACAUGAAGAUUUGUCUGAUUUGUUACAUUUUAGUAGCAUGCAUGUCUUAACAUCUUCCUGUGGACAUGCAUGUUGAAGGUGGUGUGAGUGUGAGCGGGUAGUGAUGGUGCUCAACAUGUCUGAGGAGGAAGUGACCAACUGUACCAUCAACCAUAAAGUCCACCAGUACGUCUUCUCCAGUGUGUACAUUCUGGUGCUCACGGUUGGUAUUCCCUCCAACAUCUACUCUCUGUACCACGCUGCUGUGCAGCUGAAGCAGAAGAACGAGCUGGGAGUCUAUCUGAUGAACCUGACAGUGUCUGAUCUGUUGUACCUGGCAUCCUUACCACUGUGGCUGCAGUACUUCUUCCAGGAUGAUGACUGGAGCCACAGGGAGUGGUUGUGUCAGCUCUGUGGUUUCCUGCUCUAUGAGAACAUCUACAUCAGCAUCGGUUUCCUGUGCUGUAUCAGCCUGGAUCGCUACUUGGCUGUGGUCUACCCUUUAAGGUUCACCUCCCUCCGCUCCAUGCGUACAGCGUGGCUGGUGAGCUCCUUCAUCUGGCUGAAGGAGAUCGCUGUGGGUGUGGUUUUCUUCCGCCAUAAAGAACUGAGCAAAGACAUCAAGAACCAAUCAGUGUGCUUCGAGCACUACCCCAUGCAGCCGUGGGAGUAUCCCAUCAACUAUUAUCGCUUCACUAUUGGCUUCAUGUUUCCUCUGGCUAUUUUAUCGAUCAGCUACCUGUGUGUUCUGCGCGCCGUGGGUCGGAGCACCGGGACGCAGCCGGAUCAGAAGACCAGGAUCAGGCAGCUGGUCGGCAGCACCAUCCUCAUCUUCCUCGUCUGCUUCUCCCCCUACCACGUCUUCCUGUUGGUACGCACCAUGCUGGAGCGAGACUGCAACUUCAUUAUAGGAAUAUUUAACUACUACCACCUGUCAUUGUUGCUGACCAGUCUGAACUGUGUGGCGGACCCCGCUCUGUACUGCUUCGUGAGCGAGAGCGCCCGCCGCGGCCUGUACAGAGUCGUUUUCAGGCCUAUUGGUAGGAUACUGUGUUGCUGCUGUGGCAACGCCAGCCCCAGCGACCCCCUCACAGACUCCAACGAGGUCGCUACCAACAAGAACAACGGACAUCCAACGGUGAUGCUGCUCACACACACAAAGACGCCCAACAACUUAGAAAAAGAAACUCCCAGAAAAAAGACGGUUUUAAUCACACAGACUGGAGAAAAAACGACUAUAAGCUUAGUUGUGUGAUAGCCGUGAAUGAGCAGAGCCAAAAGACCAAAGAGAUUGAAAAUAACUCUUAUCUAAAUCAAUCCGAGAGCAAUCAGAGACCUUAGAGGCCGAACAGCAGCGGCCCUAAUGAAAGCCUGCUGCCCACCCAAAUCUGUUUACACCCCCCCAAUGGCUUUGGACUGAAAGCAUUUUUCUUCUUCUCUCUCUGGGGCAAUUCACCUUGAAUGAAUUGGGCAUUUCCAUAGCAAACCCUUAAAGAGCCUGUGACACGAGUUUCCCCCAUCAUCCAAACCAUCAAUUUGAGUAAAUAUUGUCCCCU